GUCGCCUUGGCAACGGGUGGCAAAGCCGGCUCGGAACUUUAGAGCGGCCCGAGGACAGCGUGCAGUCGUGCUGGAGAUGAACGGGAGCCAGACACGGAACUCCUCGCAGAGCUGGGAACUGAGACCCGAGAGUGUGAUCGUCCCCUGUGUCUUCUGCCUUAUCUUCCUGCUCGGCACGCUGGGCAACAGCCUGGUUCUAGCUGUCCUGCUUCGGAACGGCCAGAUGAACUGCAACACCACUAACCUGUUUAUACUGAACCUGGCUCUGGCCGAUCUCUGCUUCAUCCUCUGCUGCGUGCCUUUCCAGGCCACCAUAUACACGCUGGACUCCUGGGUCUUCGGCUCCCUCAUGUGUAAAGCCGUACACUUCUUCAUCUACCUGACUGUGUACGCCAGCAGCUUCACUCUGGCCGCAGUCUCCGUGGACAGGUACCUGGCGAUUCGAUACCCACUGAGAUCCCGUGAACUGCGCACUCCCCGAAAUGCCACAAUCACCAUCUGCAUCAUCUGGGCGAUCUCGCUUGUCUUUGCAGGUCCCUACCUCAGCUACUACCAGGUCAUCCGUUACAGAGACCUCACUCUCUGCUUCCCAGUCUGGGGCGAACACAGUCGCAAAGUUAUGGACAUGGCUACCUUCCUCUGUGGGUACAUCAUUCCAGUGCUGAUCCUGAGCUUAGCAUACACCAGGACCAUCCGCUACCUCUGGACGUCUGUAGAACCCAUAGAAAACAUGUCCGAGUCUAAGAAAGCCAAGCGAAAGGUCACCAAGAUGAUCAUCAUUGUGGCUGUUCUCUUCUGCCUUUGUUGGCUUCCCCACCACUUGGUUAUUUUAUGCUUCUGGUUUGGCCACUUCCCACUCAACCAAGCCACCUAUGUUUUCAGACUUUUGUCACACUGCAUGUCCUAUGCUAACUCCUGCCUCAACCCUAUUGUCUACGCCCUGGUCUCCAAACACUUCCGCAAGGGCUUCAAGAAAGUUUUCAACUGCUUGCUGAGGAAAAAGGUUGUCAAUAAAGUUCACGUUGUUCAAAUGGUCCACACAGAGGCAGGGACCACUGAGGCAUCUCACAUGAGUGAGCAGAACAACCAAGCAACCAGCCAGGAGUGGAGCCAGCCAGGGCCUGGAGAUGACGUGAUGCUGCCAGGAGCCUUCAUGGCAUUCAACGUUACCUAA